AGAGCAGGCGUUGGCUCCUAAGGAUUGUCUCUGAUGCUCUUCAACCACAGCAAACAGCGUUUUAGACCGCUGUAUCUGGAAGACUGAAGGGCAUGCUUAUGGGACCCACUGGAACGGUAAAUCCUGGCUACAGAACUUUACACUUGUACUUGGAAAAGCAUCUGUGUGGCCUGGGUAUUUUUAAAUGACCGGAAACGCUGGUUCUUUGAGGAAUUAGGCGUUCCCUAGGCCCACAAAAUACAGACUGGGAUGAAAAGGCGUCCAGACCCGGAUUCUGGGCCCCAUUGGUCGCAGUUUUUCAAAAGGAUGUGAACGGGAGCGCGGCCCAAGGGCUCUAGGACCCAGAGGCUGAGCGCGGGGCCAGAAGGGCCCGCAGCAGCCGUUGGGGUUGCGGCGCGAGCAGUCGCAGGACGCAGGUUCGCGGCCCGCCUGAGGACUGUCGCCGCAGAGACGCAGCGGGCAGUGUGGCGCACGGGCGGCGCACGGUGCGCGUGGGCGUGUCUCGGCGGGGCCGCGCUUCCCGCCCCACCCCAGCCCGGCCGGUCGCCCCCAGGCCCCGCUCCAGCGCCCCGGCCUCUGGGCCGGCCCGGUGCCCUCGGCGGGCAGCGCAGGGCGCGGGAGCAGUCGGGGCCGGGCAUGCCGGGAGCCCCCCCCAAGGGGCAGGCGCCGCCGCUACCCCGUCUGCCGCCGGUGCGCGCCGCUGACGCGCGGAGAUGAAAUUCCCGGGCUCCGUGCUGGCGUCCGUGUUCCUGUUCGUGGCCGAGACGACGGCGGCGCUGUACCUGAGCAGCACCUACCGCUCGGGCGGGGACGGCAUGUGGCAAGCGCUGACGCUGCUUUUCUCGCUGCUGCCCUGCGCGCUCGUGCAGCUCACGCUCCUCUUCGUGCACCGCGACUUCAGCCGCGACCGGCCGCUCGUGCUGCUGCUGCACCUGCUGCAACUCGGGCCGCUCUUCAGGUGUUUUGAAGUCUUCUGCAUCUAUUGUCAAUCAGGCCACAUCGAAGAGCCUUAUGUCAGCAUCACCAAGAAGCGACAGAUGCCAAAGAAUGGCUUCUCAGAAGAAGUCGAGAAGGAGGUGGGCCAGGCGGAAGGCAAGCUCUUCACGCACCGGUCUGCGUUCAGCCGCGCGUCCGUGAUCCAGGCCUUCCUGGGCUCAGCCCCGCAGCUGACUCUGCAACUGUACAUAAGCGCCCUGCAGCAGGACGUCACUGUUGGAAGAUGUCUCUUCAUGGUCCUGUCGCUGUUGUCCAUUGUAUACGGAGCGUUGCGCUGCAACAUUCUAGCCAUCAAGAUCAAGUACGAUGAGUAUGAUGUCAAAGUAAAGCCUCUGGCCUAUGUGUGUAUCUUCCUCUGGAGGAGCUUCGAGAUUGCCACUCGAGUCAUUGUCCUGGUCCUCUUUACCUCCGUCCUGAAGGCCUGGGUGGUAAUGGUCGUGCUCAUCAACUUCUUCAGCUUCUUCCUCUAUCCCUGGAUCCUCUUCUGGUGCAGUGGCUCCCCAUUCCCCGAGAACAUCGAGAAGGCCCUCAGUCGCGUGGGCACCACCAUUGUCCUGGGCUUCCUCACCUUACUCUAUGCCGGGAUCAAUAUGUUCUGCUGGUCAGCCGUGCAGCUGAAAAUCAACAACCCUGACCUCAUCAGCAAGUCCCAGAACUGGUACCGGCUCCUGGUGUACUACAUGCUGAGAUUCAUUGAGAAUGCCGUUCUCCUGCUCAUGUGGUAUCUUUACAAGACUGACAUCUAUAUGUACGUGUGCGCGCCUCUGCUGAUUCUGCAGUUGCUCGUUGGCUACUGCACAGCCAUCCUGUUCAUGCUUGUGUUCUAUCAGUUCUUCCACCCUUGCAAAAAGCUCUUCUCCUCCACUGUUUCGGAAGGCUUUCAAGAGUGGCUAAAGUGUGUCUGCUGUCACUGCAGGCAGCGGAAGUCCCGUGAGUCUGUAGGCAAGGCGGAUCAAAGGUCAGUCGGAGACAGAGAUGAGACACCUUCUAGCAGUAAAAUAAGUUCUGUGCCCAGCCAGAUUUUGAAUACCGAAGAGCUCUGCUCAGCUUAGUAGGACCCGAGUCUCUCGGAGUUCAGACCUACUGUUUUCUGGGUUGAUCCUUGUUCUUCAUACAAGGGACAGGCCCUGUGCAGUUGACAGAGAGGGAAGUUAGCUCUUAACUCCCUGUGAGUUGCUCCUCUUUAGAGAGCUCUUGGGCAUGUGGGAACUAUGGAGAGAAGCCAAGGAAAGCCCUGAGUAUUGGAGAGGCAGCCCAGGGUCCCACUAUUUAUAGUUGACCUUAAUCUCCCAGGUGUUACUGGCCUUUUCCCUGACAAGGGCCCUUUGCUAUCUGAGUUGGGCUGGUUAGAUCCAUCAGGUAGAAUGAGGACAGGAGCUUUCUGGUUUUCUAGGUUUUUUUGAACUGCUGGUGUAGGUAGCCUUUUGUUUUAUUUUCUCUGAGCAUAGCUUUCAUUUAAGAGCUGUCCUCAUGACCACAGAAGGUGACUAGGGUUUUGUCAUCAGCAAUAUCAUUCCUGUCAGACUUUUCAGAGAGGGCUGUUCAAGUUUGCUUUUUGAAUAGGCAGAUAUUCCAUUUUCUCUCAUUAGGGCUCUUUGUACAUAACCAGCUAUAGCCACCUUGCCCUGCUGUGAUUCAAAAGUUCCCACUUGGAGACUUUAUUCCCAAGGAUUCAUGGAUGCAAAAUUGAAUUCUGGGUUUGGCUUUGGAAGCCCGAGGAUUUUAGGAUGGUUUGUAUUCCUUCAAUGUGUUCAAGAGAUUCUGGAUUACAAGGGUUGUUAAAAUAUCAAAAGGAUAUAGGCUUUUAUAAGCAGAAAUCUUACCUUCUCAGGAUGGUUGAAGAUAAAUGAAUCUGCUGAAAGGCAGGUUUAAACCUCCUCAAGGUUCAGUCCCAUCCUGCAAUUCUGGGAAAUUUGUAGUUGACUUUGUUAGGAUUUGCCUUCUUGACAAAGAAGAAAAAAAGAGUCUUCUCUUCCGCCUUUUCUUCCUAGCCUGUCAGAAGAGCUUUAGACAAGAGUUACAUUGGUUAACUUAAGCUUUUCUAGGGAACUCCUCAGAAAUCUCUCCCCAGGCGUAACUACGUAGGGCAUUUUACUUUUCAUUAUUGGAAAGGAAAGGGUCUCCUCUCCCAAGUUAGAUACUGACUUCAGAAACUUUUAAAUUAUACAAAGAGAUGAAAUGACCAGAGGAUUUUUGUCUUUAACUGAAUGUAUUUUGAUUCGGCAUGAUUGUGAGUUUUUUGAAUGCUAUCUCCAAUUUUAUGCUUCUGUGCUCUCCUGUCUCCAGUAUAAUUUCUCUUUUAAUCUGGAACCGUAUUUAUUUCAUCAAAGGAUUAUAUAGCGUAUCCUCAGUUGUCUCGGGAAAAUGCCCGGAUCUAGUGCCAUUAUGUCUACCAUAAAAACCUUGAUAAGGAAAUAUCUGGAUCAGGUGACUUGUCACUGACUAGGCUGGACAUUGCAUGGCAGUCAGGGUGUAUGGUCUAAGGACCCCUAAUGGCUGAACUUUCUGACCCACUCAGUUUCUUUCUUCUUUUCUUCCCCGCCCCACCCCCGACCCAGUUUUUAAUAGGCAGUCUGUCAGGAGACAGGUUACACAUGGUGAGUUUGAGCAGGAAUUGUGGUCCAAAUUAGAGAGGGAUGGAGGGUCGGAUACAUCCAACCUUGGCUUGGAAGCCUGUCUCAAGAACUGUUACCAAAUCUCAGCCUUCAAAUGCAUUUUAAAUCAUUUAAAUGUAGAAGAUAGCUAAGCAUCUUAAAUGACCCCAAACCAAACUAACAGUGAUGGUCUGUCAGGCUCCUAUAACCCAAUUAUAAGCCACAUUUAUAAGGCCAAAGAGGUUUGCUCACUAAACUGGACAUCUUGUCAUUUUUAACCCUUGACAGACAGAUAUCCCUGCUCUGGGACCAUGUGUGUCCAUUCACUUUGGGGGAGAGAAAACACUGUUAUUUUCUGUGUGGUAAAAAUUUAAGUCACGGUGAACUGAGAAUUUUUGUUUUAAAAUUAUUUAUAUUAUACCUCUGAAAUCAUAAAGUGAUGAUAGUUCAGACUGCAGAGCUAGGAUGCCCGAAAGACAAACAAGCAAAUUCCCUCGUGUGUUGAGAGUUAAAAUGCUUUUCAUUAUAAUUCCAAUUUUUAAAACUCUCAGUGCUUUGUCUAAUUAAUUGCAUGCCGUAACUUGUCAUGACAGCUGCUCGAACUGAAUCAUGAUCAUUUAGCUGAAUGGAGUUGAAGUGUUUCAUCAGAAUAUAUUGAAAUAAGAUCAUCAAACACAUUUAGGCUUUGUCUCUCCAUUACUGGAGACAGCACAGUGUAGAGACUGGUGCCCCCUGUGUAGCCCACAAGUUACUGAAUUGUCGUAUGCCUCAGUUUCUUCACCCACCAAAUUUGGAUGAUAUACUUGCGCGGCCUACCUCACAAGGUUGUUGGUUGAAAGAUCAAAUUAAAAUAAGAGAUAUGAAAAUGCUGUGAAAAUAUCUUAAAGUGCCAUGCAUAUUUAAGGAGUUGUUCGUAUAGUUAUUCAAGUCCAUAAACAGGUUGUUACUAUGUUUUUACUGUUAGAAGAGAAAUAAGCAGUAUCAUCUCCAUGAGUGUCUCGAGUGAAUACCUUGGCCUUUGACCUUAUGGAAGGGCAAGUGUAAAUGGUCUUUAUUCUGGAGAGAACUCAGCAGUUGCCCUUUGUCUGGCCAUAGGUUGCUUACAAAUAUUAGCAACGAAACACAUGGUACUUGGAGGAAGAAAACCUCACUGGAAUCUGAGAAGUUGCUUUUGGUGAUUAUGCGUUGUUCAUUUUUGUAUCUUUCAUCUUUCAUGAAGGACAUAGUAACUAGUGUCUUUUGACAGUUAUGCUUUAUGAGUUGAAUGCCUGAUCCUGUUAGACUUUAAUUGAAUAUGGGUUUAAUCUUUUCAGGCUUGUAAAUGGGAAAAUAAACAUUAAAAGUGUCAAAUACUGCAUUUCCUUGGAAACCACCUUAGAACAUUAGUGCUGUGGUUAUGAGUGUUAUGUGUCAGUACCUCUCAGUCAAUAAACUGUGGAUGUGAACUUUUUCGCAGGCUGCUUCGCAGCCAUUGACUCUAAUAACUACUGUUUAUGUUUCUUCAUAUAAUAAAUUAAUUUUUCAGUUUC